UCUGUGAAUACUUUGUACUAAUCUAUGAAAAUCCUAAAAUCUACUAAUCUAUAAAAUAUCCUUUUAUAAUUAUAUUUUUAAAGUGAUUUAUAGUGUGGAAUGUGGAUUCAUACUAAUGAUCAGUAUUCUAUAUUUAUUAUUUACAAUUUUACUACUUUUCAGUAAAUCAAAAUCUGGAGAAUUGCCCAUUAUUAUAAGAGAUUGAAAUAAGAGUAGUAUACAGUUAUUAAGAAGACUUAAAAUGUUUAGUGGUUUCUGUAAACUAAGUAAAAGUUAUUUUCCUUUACUCAAUGCUACUGCAAAAAAAAACUCCAUAAAUGUUGUGAGGCAAAACUCAAAGUUUACUCCUGGCCAAUCUAUUAGACUGCAAAAGAUAAAAGAGAAGGAACCCGGCGAAGUAAUUAAAUGGAUGUUAUUGGUUAUACCAGUUGGCUCCUUUGGCUUAGGUUGUUGGCAAGCAUAUCGCCUACAAUGGAAGUUAGAACUUAUAGACAGAAUGCAAUCAACAACAAAUUCUUCGCCCGUGGAUAUCCCACAUGAUUUUCAUGAACUUGAUAAUAUGGAAUAUAAACCUGUAAAAGUUAGAGGAGAAUUUCUGCAUGAUAAAGAAUUUUUAAUAGGCCCAAGAUCUCUGGUUGAAAAUGAAAGUUUGCCAAGAGUUGGUUCAUUUGUAUCGGAUCCUAAAAAAAACCAAGGAUGGCUGGUGGUAACACCAUUUAAAUUGUCAGAUACUGGUGAGGUAAUCUUAGUAAAUCGUGGUUGGAUACAUCAAGGACUUCGGCCAAAGGAAAGGCGUCAAGCAUCAAUGAUUAAUGGUGAAGUUGAACUUACUGGAGUUGUCCGAUUAACAGAAACAAGAAGUCCAUUUAUGCCAAAAAAUAAUCCAGUUAAAGGUUCAUGGUUCUAUAGGGAUUUGCAUCAAAUGAGUGCAUACUUAGGAUGUGCACCAGUAUGGAUAGACGCAAGAGGCAAUCCGGAGCCACCAGAAGGAUGGCCCUUGCCCAAUCAAACACGAGUCAAUCUAAGAAAUGAACAUAUGUCAUAUCUUAUAACUUGGUACUUGUUGUCAGCAUUUACUGCAGUUAUGUGGCAUCGCUACUUUAUAAGGAAACUUCCUCUUGUGUAGAGCAUCAAUGUUUGUUUGUAGUAUAACAAAUAUUUAUAUUGAA